UAUAACAAGGUGAUGUAUGACCCCAAAUCUAAAAGAAAAAAACAGCAAAAAGAAAACAAGGCUCUCUCACUUAUUUGGGAUUGGUGGUUCUUUAAUAUUAAGCAACUCCACUUUCUACCUUUUAGACACUUUCCUCUGAGCUCAUCCCUCUAGGACAAUAACAACACUGACAGAAUGAGGCUUCUUGAUUGGCCCAGACAGCAGCCAACCAGAAGACAAGGACUGAGUCACAAGGAAGUGACUUCACCUAUCUGCACUCACCUGAUCCUUUACCUGGCCGAGCUCAGACGCAGAAUCUCAUUACCUUUCCAUUACAAUCCAUAACUGAAGUUCAUUGUGUGUCAGUACCUGCAGUCAAGGUGUUUCUGUGUGUUUGGCUUCACAAAGACAAAGACAAGAAGACAUGGCAGUCGCUAACUUCCACUACAUCACCCGCAUGAGCAGUGGCUUCAAGGUGUACAUUUUAGAAGGUCAGCCUCACCUCAGAAGUGAAGACAGAUACAGACACAUCACAAACGACCGCGCUCGAGCCCCAGCCGUGUAUCCAAUCAAACGCAAGCGCAGCCACGAGAGAGGCCUGACACUGGAGGAAAGGCGAGAGCGGGUGCUGAGCAGAAGUGUUGGUAAAGCCGCCCAAAGAGCAGCACCAACACCAGCCAUCUUUAACAAGCCACAGAGCCCCACAUCCACCUGGAGUCCAACCCCCAGCCCCACCAGCCCUCUGCCCUCCCAUGUGUACUACACACCAGUCAUGGAUGAACCACUCGCCCUCAUCAAGAAACCAAGAAAAGAUCCAGAGAGCACAGAGGACAAGGCUAAGAGGCCUGCAAACACUCAAAUCCAGAUGCGUCCCUCUGUGAUCACUUGCGUCUCCUCAUCAAGAAAUCCCUCCUGCAGGUCUGAUGUCCACAGGGACCCCUCAUCAGUGAUUUCAAAGUCAAACUAUGACCACGUGGUCGAGGAACAUUUCCAGAGAAGUCUUGGAGUGAACUACCAGAAAGCCGCUCGCUCCCAGCAGCUCUCAAUCAGCGUUUCAGUCGACGACCACUUUGCCAAGGCGCUCGGAGACAAGUGGCUGCAGAUCAAGUCCAAGUCCUCCUCCUGCUCCUCCACACCUCCCAGCAGCCCGAGUGUUACUCACUCUCCCACCUACAAAGAGUGCACUAGCAGCACAUCACCAACCUCCAGCCACUGGUCUGUCAACUAGAACAGACAUCUUUGAGAAGAAAGUGGACUUUGUGAAUUUAAACAUUUCACUGCGUGCAGCCCUGCUUGUUGGUCAAGAGAAAAGCCAGCGCUAGUAUUGAGAAGGGCGAGCUUUCAGAUGCUGGAGUGCUGUCACUUUGGACCUCCGUGUGUCAAAGUUUGAGACACAUUGAUGCAGACUGUAAUGUAGCACCAAUCAAGACGUCCUUGUUUGUUACAUUUCUCUCCUUAUUGCUUGUGGAUAGCAUCAGAAUAAUGAGAUUCUGUAGUUGGUAACGUGGGAUGGUUGAAAAAUCAUCAGUAAUCCUUUACAUUUCUUCGGUGUGUCAUUCUUAAGUGACACAACUUUACUGUAUUAUAUUUAUGUUCUGAUACACCUGGGUUCCUUACAGUCUAAAUGACUUGCCUAUCUGCUGUAUAAAAUAUGCUUAUAAGCUGUACACAAAACAAAGACUUUUAAAAAAAGACUUUAAAAAAUAAAAACGUCAAAAAAACAUUAAAUGUUUUGU